UUUCCUUAACAGCACCAGGUCUUCCUCUGAUCCUUUCCUCUUCAUUAUCUCUCAUCACCUCGCUCGUCUUCCAUAGAAUCCGUUUGACGAGAAUGAAGAGCGGUGAAGGUGAAGCGACCACCAUCGUCAUUGGAGAGGCAACCGUGGACACAAAAGGAAAAUCUUCGGCCGCUGCUCCGGUGGUUGCCACCACAAAAUCUAUCAAGUCUUUAAAGUCUAUCAACUACGGAAAGGGAGAAUGGAAGAAAGGGAUUGCCGUCUUCGAUUUCCUUAUAAGGCUCAUUGCUCUAGCGGCUACUCUUACUGGAGCUAUUGUAAUGGGAUCGACCAAUCAAACUCUUCCCUUCUUCACUCAGUCAUUUCAAUUUCGAGCUACCUAUAGUGAUUUCCCUCCUUUCACGUUAUUCGUUGUGGCAAAUGCGGUGGCCAGUGGGUAUCUCGUCCUCUCCCUGCCUUUCUCCAUUGCCAGCAUCGUUCGACCCAAUGCAGGAGGACCGAGGCUCCUUCUGCUAAUCCUUGACACAGUGAUGGUUGGCAUCACUUCGGCAGGCGCUGCAGCGGCAGCUGCGAUUGUCUAUUUAGCUCACGAUGGGAACCCGAACGCAAAUUGGCUCCCCAUCUGUCGACAAUUUAAUAGCUUCUGUGAUCAAAUCAGUGGGGCUGUAGUAGCGUCUUUCGUUGCAGCGGUCAUCCUCAUGUUGCUGGUCGCUAUGUCAGCAUUGGCCCUUCGGAAGCAUUGACUGCAAGGACCUUCUUUACUUGAAACCCCUCCUGUUUGAUUGCUACGUCAAUCUGAAUCUUCUUUAAUUUGUGUUUUCUUUUGACUUUUCGCUUUUUCUAGGGUU